CCCUGGUUCACUAACUCGAAAAUGAAGUGCUCACACGUGGGAAGCCCGGGAAGACGCGUUCAAACUUCAAGUCCAUGACUGGAACGUACCAUUUUCAUGUUUCAUGUUAAUUUUGUCAGCCCAAGAUGCGUCCCUAUGCGAUACUGUGGGCAGCUGCUGCUUUCAUCCCAGGGUCUUAUUCACAAGAUACUGAGCCAAAGGCUCUUGUGAUACCCGCAAGCCAGUUCUUCGAAGGCAAUGACGGUCCAUGGAGCACGUUUGAUCUUCGCGUGGGCAACCCAGAACAGUCUGUCAGGGUGCUCGUCUCGACUGCUUCCCCCUUUUCACUCGUCCCUUUCGGAGAGGAAGCAUGUUCGACCUCAGUGUUCGAAACGGUACCUCCCAAUUGCGCCGUGGCCAGGGGCGGUCUGUUCAACCACAGUGACUCGUCGAGCUGGCAGGAUGUGGGUCUUUACGGCAUCAACCAGAACGGCGUCGGUCUCGAAGCGAAUCUUGGGUACGAGCAGAGAGUGCAGUUCGGCUUCGAGCGCCUGGGCAUCGGGCUCACAGGGCCCGCCUUGGACAACCAGACCGUCGGCGGAAUCGCAACACCCGAGCCUUUCUAUCUCGGUAUCUUUGGCAUCAACAACCAGCCCCUGAACUUCAGCUCAUUGAGAAACCACUCGACCCCGUCGUUCUUCACCUCCUUGAAGGACCAGAAUAAGAUUCCAAGCUUGAGUUGGAGCUAUACCGCGGGAGCCAAGUAUCGUCUAAAGCAGGUGUACGGCCAAUUGAUUUUCGGCGGAUACGACACAUCACGUUUCGGAGAGCACCCGGUCUCCUUUUCCAUGGCGGACGACAUCACGCGGGAUUUGGUCGUCGUCCUCCAGUCGAUCAGUUAUAGCGGUUCCCAUUCGGCCACUCUCCUCUCUGACUCCAUCGACAUCAUGAUCGACUCGACAGACCCCAACCUCUGGCUCCCAGCCGAAGUCUGUGAUGCUUUCGAGGAGGCGUUCGGGCUGACACUGGACAGCGAAUCCGGAUUAUAUCUGGUCAAUGAAACGCACCGGAACAAGCUGCUUGACUCAGAUGCCCAAGUGUCCUUCAGGCUCUCCGACGUGAGAUCAGGGGGAGAAACCGUGACCAUCGUCCUCCCUUACGCCGCGUUCGACCUCACGGCAGAGUACCCUCUUGUGAAAAACACCAGUCAUUAUUUCCCCUUGAGACGGGCCAACAGCUCGGCGCAGUACACGCUUGGACGAACCUUUCUACAAGAAGCGUACCUCUCCGUCGACUACGAGCGCAGAGUUUUCAACGUAUCCGCCUGCACAUGGAACCAGGGCGCCCAAGAGAGCAUCGUGCUCAUCUCGCCCAAGGACUCGACCUCGGCAGAUCCAAAUGGCGACGGCGCAUUGAACUCCUCUGGAAGCUCCGGCCUAAGCGGCGGUGCCAUAGCCGGCAUCGUCAUCGGCUGCGUAGCCCUCGUCGCGCUCGUCGCAACAAUCAUCAUCCUGCGCAAGCGCCGCAAGUGGCUCGGCGCGGCCUUCGCCGUGGCGGGGCGAGAGCCCCCUCCCAGUGAAGCUGUCCUCAAGGGGCCCGUAUUCAACUCCCCGUCGACGCGACACGGGUCCGGGUCUGGGUCCACGCCGCGGCAUUCUUCAGUCCCGUAUUCGGCGAACGACGUGUCCGCUGCCGGAUCCCGGUCUACGGCCGAGUACGAUAGACGGGCAUCCAGCACGGUAGGGGGUAGUGGGAGUGUGACAAACUCGUCGACCCCUGAGCUGGAUGGGAGUGACACGCUCGUCAGGCCGGAUGCGGAGCUAGAUGGGAAGGAGAUCCGCGGCCCUGGGCCGUUAUCGCCUGUGGCGGAGAAUCCGAAGGGUAUUUUUGAGCUGCCGGGCAGUGAGGUUGCUGAGCAUAAUAGCGGGCAAAGGAGAGACUCUGCAUGGGAUCGGGCUCCUUCGCCUGUGAGUACGGCUGGUGGGGAUGCGAGAGAGAGACGGAAUGACUCUCCUCCUUCGCCGCUUACGUCGACGGUGGAUAGGAAUCCGAUGUUUGGGAAGGAUAGAUAG